ACCGUGCUACAUUAGCAUUGGUACAGAAGGCAUCCCCUCGGUGCGUCCGGUGACUGGUGUCUGGAGCGCCUUGCAUGCAGAGAAGUUUAACACAAGGAAAUGCGGAUAACGCGGUACUCGCGUGCCAGUGGUAGAGGCAGCUACUAUCACCGUGGUACUGUAAAAUUGUAUCGCCGACGCGGUGGCCCGAAUGGUCAAAUUCCGCGACCCUACACAAACCAAAGCCAACCACCCGCCUACACUCCGUACGGUAGCCAUGGGCAGACCGUACGUCGAUUACGACCUGUGUCACCGGACGAAAGAUUGUUGUUGUCGCGAGAACACGACAGGAAGCUGGAGCGAUCGUCGCGGGAACGGUAUCGCACGGACGAAUACACCCGUCGGAGCGCGAGUCACGAUCGUAGUUUAUCCUCCGUGCUUAGCGACAUCAGUUCCGGCAGCAGUUGUUUCGGUACGGUGCGGGCAAGCGAAGCGUACGACAGUCCGGUAUACGAGGAUCUCACGGACGAUGAGGUCCGCUCGCUGGAUGAAAUGACCGAAUCUUCCAUGAACCUGUCCGUAGCGCCACCGCCCGUAAUAAAACACAAGAAACGCAAGAAGGACAAGCGCAAGAAAGAAAAGGCACGGCUACGUGAGCGCAAACGGGCGAAAAAAGAUAAGCGCCGGCAGAAGGAAAUCCUCGAGGAGCGUAUAUGUCCACCCGAGCAUGAGGUGGCCCAGUCGAAGGAAAUAUUCGCUUCCGGGCAAAACAUUCUGGUAAGCGUCAGCUUCAUCGACAACGACAAGACGAAGGAUCGGUCGGACAGACACUGGAAGAGCAAGCGAAAGAAGGCAAAGAAAGAAAAAACGCGCGAAAAGCUAAUCGUUACCAAAGAGGAACGUGCAUCCGAUGUGGCAACGUCCGCCCGAACACCACACCGCGAUGGUGCAAGCCCGGCGCGGGAGCUGGAACCGCCGGACGUCAAAGAGAAGUACAACGCGAAGCAACUGUUAGCGCAAACAGAGCAGGAAAAGAAGCAAGAUCACCUGCAGCAGCAGCAACAACAAAAUGAACAACAUUCAACGGUGCACCAAUCACCGGAACAGAAGAUUCCUCCGGCAAAGAAAAAGAAGCUAGAUCCAAGCGUUAAGCCUGUGAUGGUGAUUGAUCUAGAACGAUCGCCUAGUGGACAGGUAAUAUCCAGCCCGAAGGAAGUCAUCGUGUUAAGUGACGAAGAGGGCAAACGGACGCUAGCGCAACGGAUCGGUAAGGAGGAGAUAAAACCGAACGAAACAGAUCAAAGCAAUCGUGGGCCCAACACGCCACCGGAACCUGCCCCAAAAUCGCCAGACUCAUACGAUCCUUUUGAACCUACUAAAUCCUCGCCCAGCACGGCUAUUUCAAGGCACGAUUUGGGUAGCAUAUCAUCGCUCAGCUUUCUGGAUCAUCACACCCAUCAGGAUGAUCAGAAGGAAACGAAAAAUGACUUCCACCAUCAUGCGCUUGCUCAGCAUAACCUGCCACACCACCAUCACCACCAUCAUCACCAUCUGCUUCAUCAUCCACACCACGGGCAUGCCCACCAUCAUGGCCAGGAACGAUUGAUGGCGCCAGUCGAUCAGCAGAGUGGUACCGGUGCUGCCUUCGGCAACGAUGACGGUGUGCUCGAUCUUCAUCCAGGCUCACCGUUCGAAAAGAUCAACAAUCUGAACAGCAGCCCUGUGCGUACGGUCACUGCAGGCAUGCCGUACCAUCAUCUGCAUCAUCCGUCGCCGAUGAAAGCGAUCAUUAAAUCGAUGCCCAAGAAGCUGCUUGCCUCGGGUGGCUCUGGUCGUGAUGCGCGAUCGCACGGCAUGGUAGGCAAAUCGAGCCUAACGAAUGCUACGGUUGGUGGUGGUGGUACGACCAGUGGUGGAGCGACCACAAGUGGUGGCGUUCCGUUCGAGGACGAACUGAACGAUGGUGACAUUUCACCCUACUCACCCCGAUCGAGCGAUUGCGACGAGCAGAUGUUCGAACCGCCGAACCACGAUGGCAACGGGGAAACGCAAACCAUCGCUUUGACCGUGGACAAUCUGCGCAAGGUGUUCGGUAACGAUCCCAAAACGCUGUACGGCGAUCUUCGGAAAAGCUAUCAGCAUCGAUCGGUGAUAGCGGUGGACGAAAUGUAUAAACCUCAUAAAAUGACACUAGAAAUGUUGGAUGAAAUACCGGACUCCGCAGUUGAUAUGCAGGUGAAGGAAAAGCUUAUCAAAAAGCUUCAACGACAGGAACGAAUUGUGGAAGAGGUGAAACAUUUCCUAAAGCCUCACUUUAACAAAAAGCGUAUCGACAAAGACGAAUACAAGGAAAUAAUGCGAAAAUCCAUCCCGAAGAUAUGCCACAGUCGUUCGGGAGAAAUCAAUCCGGCCAAGAUACAGGCCCUAAUUACGGCGUAUGUAAAAAAAGCAAUCGCCAAGCGAAAACUAAUAGGCGGGGAAGGUUCCGCUUCCGGCACACCGCUGGUAAAUCUGGGCAGUUACGGACUUCCACCGGAACCGACGGCAACCGCAACAACGGCAACACUGCCACCGGUGAUGUUAAUGAACCGUUGAAGUUAAAGUGCAACAAACAAAACGUGGUGACGUACCCCAGUGGUUCCGGAUGUCGGUGAAGUUAGUGCCCCCACACAUACCCACACACAUGCAAACACAGUGCAGCGAAAGUAAGAAGCAAAAAAACCCCGUGAAGCAGAAGAAUUUCAUCAGGUCGGGAGAGAGAAAGCGAAUCGUACGAUCGCAUGUAUCGAAGAGUUUAGCAGUGUGUUACGGGAAACGGUCCGCUUGGUGUCGCAAAGGAAGUUGUGAACGGAAAGGCUAUGUGAAUAGAAUGGCGCGAUCAUCGUCAGGGUUACUGCUUCACCAACUACCCCGAGGGGGCCUGUAAGUGCAUAUGUAUUGUGCCGUUUUCGUCCGUUCGUAUUCUAAUGUUUCGCGCGCGUGUAACCGGGCGCGUGUUUACGUGUACAGUGUGCGUGCGAAUUUUGAUCCUUGCGCGCGCGCGAAUGGAGGGCUAUGCAGCACUAUACGUAGUUACGGUUAGCACCGUAAGCGACAGUCGCGCCCUAGUGUUUCAUAUGUGUACAUACAUGUUGAUUUCAAUAACGAAUAUGAUGAAGUUUGUCGUAAGUUUGUUUUGUUCUUCUAUCGCGAACGAUUAUAUGUAAUGCUGUUUAGCGAAUGUAUCUCACACGCACGUACACAUGAAGGAAGGCGUUGGGCGGUAUCUGAACGGUGCAUAAGUGUAUCCUUAAAUCCUCCUUCCCAGCUGCUUCACAAAUCGUUCAGUGACGGGUGUUUUGUGUGUGUAGUACAACAUAUAGUAUCGGGCUUACUGUGAACCGUGGAUAGCAAGAAGAGCUCCGCUACGCUACCCGCGCAAAAGUACUGCAACAGGAUAGCGCAAAGAAGGGUUUAGAAUUGGUUUAGAGCGGGCAAAGAAGAAACGCCACGAGGAGUGAAAUGUUGUACCGGAAACAACAAAUGUGUGUGUGAUCUGGCAAAUUUGAUUGUAGUUUCACGUUAUGGUCCGUUUGAUUCUUUUUUUUUUCGUAUUCUUUUGCGUUUACCCUUUAUUUGACCAUCGUUUUAUAGUUCAAUAUUGCGGUUAUUAAUUUGUAGGCAACGUUUCACUGCUGAGUCACUGCUGCUGGAACGAAGGUGAACCACUUCCUGGGAAGAUAUACAGUCAGCAUGUUCGUAGAAAUUAAAAAAAAAUCUAUCCAUUUUGUCCAACUUUCAGGAACUACCAAUACCUGAUUACACCUCACUAUGGAAGAUACCUUCAUGACCCUAGAAAAAUGUAUAUUGUGUAAUGUUCAAUCGUGUAAUAGGAAAUCGUUUAUUAUAUGGAAAUUGAUUGUUAAAUCGCAUUCGAGAAAUUCUCGAAGAUCUCGUUGUGACAAUCACUUCAAAUUAACACCAAACAUUCACACGAGUUACUAAUACUUGUCGAGUUCUUCUAGGUUUAAAAUGAGUUGUAAAAUUAUAAAAUCCAUCUUUCUGAACGUUGAAAAGGUCACUCACUUCCUAUUUAAUAUAUGAGAUAGUUUUCGUACAAAACAUCCCACAACGAGCUUUCUUCGAGCUCCUGAUUGUAUAUUUCCCCUCAAGUGUGUUCGCAGCGAGGUGCCCUCCAGAGUGUGUCGUUUGUGCAACGUUCAACAGUCGAAACUUUGCAAUUCGACCUACAGGAGGAUUUCCUCCCAGCGGGUCACUUAAUUAAUGCUGUUUAUGGUUUAGUAAGUUUUUGUAGUAAAAUGUCGCAAAUAUGUACAGUAUAAUGUUCGAGUUAUUCGAGGGGCCGGUCCAAUAGUAUAUGCAGUGCAUGCACGACUCAACAAAAUGGUUCCGCGGUCUUGAUCGAAAUUUCGACUAGAUCGUGCCUACCGCAGCAAUAACCCCCCUUAUCCGAUUGUGUUAGUCAAUGGCACGACCGGAAAUAGCAACAAUCGUCACCGUGUAAAGCCCUACAUAAGAGGAAGAAGGCAUUGUUCGUAUUGGCGAGACUGCGCGUGAUAAGAGAGGAGAGAGUGGUUUAUUUUAUUUUAAAUCGUUCAUUGCAAACACAUCAAGAACCUACUUUAUUAAAUAUGUCCUUCGGUGUGAUGAUAUUAUCAAAACCCAAUCCCCGGUAUGUAAAACUAUGUGAUGACACCAACGGACAUAUGUACACACAGCACACCAUCAACACAUAUUAUCUAGAGCGAGGGAGAGUCUCUACCUUUGGUUGUCUAUUGUGACGAACAAGCAAGAAAAUAAAAUGUAAAUAGUUACGAAGUGAU